CGGUAUUCAAUUUAAAACGCAUUUGUUGUUAAUAUCAUUAACACAAUGUUCUUGAAAAGUUGUCUUUUGCUCUUCUUUACUCUCUGGGAGUUUCGUUGUCUAACGAUACCGAAAAACCAAACAAUACUAGCGGUGAAAACCGCCAAAAAUCGAUUUACAAUCCAAUAUAAAAACUACACCAUUAAACAAAAAGAAGCGGUGAUCGGAAAAGCCAAAUUUACAGAUAACAUCAAUAGUACGGGGUACGUAUCUAUAAAGAUUAUUUUUAAAUACGAAAAUAUAAUAAUUCAACAAGUAUAUUUAAUCUAACCUACCUGCAAAGAAAUUAAAAAACUCGGAACUAUAUACUUGUACACACGUUACUCGGACUGUUGACAAUAUUAUAUCUUAUUCACGAUUUUUAUUUUUAAAAGUCACUUAAAAAAUUUAAAUCCGGGGGUAUGGGAAUUCUUGGAAUUUCACUCAUAAUAUGCAACAUUUUAGUUUUUCUUUAUUGUGGCGGGCGGCGCCGGUGAUGGUUAUAAUAAAAACUAAGUGUAGGUCCCUACGUAAAUAUUCCAUCUGUUUAUUUAAAUUAUGUGUAUUUUUUAUGGAUAAUAAAUAUUUAUACAAUUAUUUGAAUACGUGCAUUUAUCAUUGGAUUUUUCGGCAUGUUACGGCAUGGCGUUACAAACAAUAUCGAAUUUAGAACUAGGUUACCUAGGUUAUAACAUAGGGGCGCUUUCACUAUAGGGGGAGCCGUGGUUAGCAGAACUCUUGAUUUUUUUUAGAUAUAAUUCCUAUCAGUGAAUUUAAUUAUCAUCUAAUAGAAAAAAAAAAUUGACUUUAAAAAACUUUUAAAUUAAUCCAUUUUACAUUUUAGAUUCUGAGUAUAGCGAAGAAUAUAUAUCGGUUUUACUAAGAUGUUUUUUUUUAUACUGUGUACACAAAUUCUAUCAUAAAUAUUGCUCAGAUAUAUACGCGUGACACUAUUUAUAAAAGAGAAUAUUGUCCAGAUGGUACUUUAGGGAGGUAAUUUUUUGAUUUUCCAAGCGGUUUUUAUAAUAUCUGGGGAAAACUAGGAUAAAACAUAAGAAAAACGAGAAAUUUAUGAAAAAAAUGCUUUCAUUAUUUUUGAAUUUUGUUAUUUGUUGUAAUUCAGUUUAAAAUAUUCUUAGAGAUUUGAAAUUUGGACAGAAAACUUAAAUUUGCCUUUUCUAGAUAUGGUAUAAUUUUCGAAACAUUUUUGCCAUUUUUAAGCUUUUUAUAUAAAGUUUAAUAUUUUUGUUGAAACUUAGUUAAAAAUAUUCGUAUCAGAUCUAUGGACUUAACAUUUGAACAGAACAUGUAUGUUUUCUUUUUUUAGACGUGGUAAAUUUUUAAAAAAGUUAAGCCAUUUUUGAGUUAUUUAUAGACAUUUUAAUUUUUCGAGUAUUUUACGUAAUUUUUAUUCGGUGGUACUCUUUGGUAAAAAGGUUAGAACUUAACAAAAUGCUUUAAAAUUUAACAAGAGGUUCAUUAAGAGUCUUACUUUGUGGUUAAAAAAAGAAAAUUUUUAUAGAGGAAUUUUAUUAUCAAAUUUUGACGAAAUCGUUGAGCAAAUAAUUUUUAGCUUCUUAAAAGUACUUGGAAGUUUAAUAUAGGGUUUAUCAUAAAUGGUUUUUAUAGCUCUAUAACAGUAUCAAAAAUCCGUACUCAAGUUUUUUUAUAGUAAUUUAUAGUCCAAAUUGUUAUAAAAAUUAUACAAAUCUAGGCAUUUCAAAAUAUGUUUAACCGAACUUCGCUGAGAAUAGUUUUUUUUUUAGCAACGGUUUAACGUUAGGUAUUAAAGAUAUAAAUUAAAUUACUCUAUAUAUAUCCUGUAUCCUGUAUCAACUUUCCACCUGCAACAAUUGUCCGCACAUGGAUUGAAGCACGAAUAAUAUCAUAUUUUUAAAAUAGUUUGUUAUAUUUAAAACUAUUAUACAUAUAUCUUCUUUUAUAUUUAUAAAAAUGAAUCUCUAUUUUCCUUGGUCACCGAAUCACGUGAGAACGGCUUGACCAAUUUUGCUGAUUUUUUCGUUUAUUGUAUUCGUAAUUGUUCGGGCAAGUUUAUUUUAUGAAAGAAAAUGUAUAAAAAGUCAACAGAAUAAGUAGAAAAACUGCAAAAACUUAUUAAUGAUAUUAUCAAUGGGUUACACAAACAGCUCUAAUGGGAUUUGAACUCGAUACCGUUGCACUAACAUUAUAAACAUUUUUUCUCAGUUGUCUUAUUGUUACUUGUUUAUUUUCUCUAUGGCAGACGUAGUCUUUAUAUACUUUAUGGACAGACUUAUCGUCUAACUGACGUGCUUUAUUGUCAUUUCUUCAUCUCUUUGGUGAAUAUGAUAAAUGUCGUUUAACAGCUUUAUCGGUCGGCAUCUAUCGAAAAAGUUAAUUUAUUUACUUUUAAUACACAGUCUAUUCGAUCUGAACGUUUAUACGGUUUUGAAUUUGUUGAGUGAAUUUUUUUAAUUUACGUCUUAUAUUAAAAGUUUAAUUUAAUAUCGAUUUUAAAAUUGAAAUCCAUGUACUGGUGUGAGUGUCUAUGGAAAAAUAAUUUAUUAAUUUCUUAGUGCACAGUCCAUUCGGUCUGAACGUUCAUCCAGUUUUGAGUUUUUUGAGAAGUGUUAGUUCAUCGCAGUUAGUUUACCGAAAUUUACAGUUAAAUUAUAUAUUUACGUACGCAACUCGCAAGAAUUAUUUUUUUUCUGAAAAGUUGGAAAUUUGGAUGGUAUUCAAGUUAUGGUGUCAAUGCGUCACCGACAAAAUUUCGAUUCAUUUUUAUACAUAAUACAUAUAGAUUAUGACUAGACACCGGAUUUAUUUUUUUUUUAAAUUCGUAAAAAGGUGCUUUAAAACACCAAAAAGUCUCUGAAAAAAGUAUUUACAAACAUUUAAAAAAAUCAAAAAUUACAAAGGAGUUUAAAAGUCCCCUCAUUAAUGGCUCUAACUUAUCAAAUUUAAUUUUCUAAUACUACAAAAUUGAUUUAUACAAAAUAAUUUCUUUUAAAUAAAAUUGUAUAAAUUAUAAAAAAAAAUUACUUUUCAUUAAUCAAUUUUGUGGUGUUAGACAAUUUUAUUUAUAAAUUAAAUCCGUUGGAGGGGGGAUUAUUAAACCCGUUUUAUUAUUUUUGCGUUUUUUAAAUGAUUUUUUUCAAUACUUUUUGACGAUUUCAGUUGUUUUUUGUGGAUUUUAAGAUCAUAUGAAUCCGGUCUCUAAUCAUGACAAUCGAUUUUUUACUUCUGUAUUGAUAUAAAUUGUCGAUAAAUACGUAGAUAAAGGUAGAAAAUUAACGCCGUGCCAUCUGCAAGUGACGACUAUAAUACAUUACACGCGUUCUCCCACUGCCGAACGUUCCUACUCCCCGAUAAGUUAAGUUAGGCUUCAUUUUCUUUGAAAUAUCCCCCCCUUCAAAAUUCAGUGUUUAGAUAUUUUAUUGACGCGGUCAUUACUAAAAAGUAAUAUGAAUAAAACAAAUAAUACAAAAUUAGCACGGGCAACGACGGGCGGGACAGCUAGUAUUUAUAAUAAAUGUUUAAAAUUAUUAAAAUACUUACUUGACACUUGUAGCCUGUCUUCUUCUCCUCCAUCUUUGUUCCAAAUAUUUGGGGUCAGCCACCCUCGUUCUUAAACGUUCACUUGUUUCGCAUCUUGCAUACACCGGUUGUCCUCAUAUCAUUCUCAAUCGCAUCCAACCAUCUCUUUUUUGACCUUCCUCUCCACCUAUUUCCUUCAAUAUUUAUUUUCAUUAUAGUUUUUACUGCUUCAGAUUCUUUUCUCCCCACGACUUGCACAAACUAUCUUCAGUCUAUAUUCCCUCAUUUUGUCUAUUAUUGACGCCAAGCCUGAGUUACCCCUUAUGUUGGUACUCGUUCCUUUUUCUACCUUCCAACCUUACCCUUGUUUAAAAGAUCCUAAGUAGUUAAAACUCUCAACCUCGCCUUUCUCUCUGGCUUUUGCGUUGGAAAAGUCUGUUAUUAUUUUAUCAAUAUUGAGUUCGGUUGUCCGUUUGUUUUAUAUAUUCAAAACACUUAUGUUUUUCAAUCGAUCUUAACUAAAAGAAUGACAAAGAUAAUUUUUUAUUGAAUUUAAAUUUAAUUUAAAAGCAACUACAUAAAAUCGAAAAAUAUUCGUGGCAUAAGCUAUGAAGAAGUCAAAAGCAUUUGAAACAGAUCAUUUUGGUUUUGAGGGCCUCUAGAACUGGAGAUCCAUGUACAUUGCAAACCUUGCACACCCGAUUGUUGCGGCACUGAUGGUACCUCCUCUCACCUGUUGUCCCCAUGUACAUUCGAGAUGGCAUAAUUCGCUAAAGUUUUGUUUAAAAUUCAUGCUAUUUGAAUAAAUUGUAUACCGAGUGUUGACGCAACCCCAUUUGUCGCCUGUUAAGACAGGUAUUAUCAACUAUAAAGUGACUUCCUUCCCUCUGUAGAUACAAUAUCAUAUGCCUAUUGGAAUCAUCUACCUGGAUUUUCCAUAUAUAGAAGCUCUGGGUUCCAAGUUCGCUAAACCCUUAGUAUCAUAUUCCCCUCCCCUUUAAAGUGAUAUAAAUGUCUAUAUAAUAGUAUUUAAAAGGGAUUAAGAUAAAGACCAAGUACUCUUAGAAACUUAUAAUAGAUAGUAUAGAUAUUGAUAAUUUAGUCACCGGUAUUCGGUAUUUUUAUUGGUAUACCGGUAUUACGGCAUUUUCAGUAUACACUUAUGAGAUGAUACAUAAAUUACGGCAUUUCAAAACACGCGUAACCGAAUUUUGAUUAGUAUAAUUUUUCGUUAGCAAUAGUAUAUCGUUGCUAACAGAUAUAAAUUAAAUAACAUUAUGAGUUAUCUAUUCACUAAAUAUUAUUGUCAUUGGCCUGUAGUUUUUAAAAUUAAAAGUUAAGGGCAACGUACAUUAAAAAUAACUGGAUCUUGUAAAAUAGGUAAAAAUGAAAUUUAUAUGAAAAGGUCUGCUGUACAACAACUCAUUGUGCAUACCAUCCCUUGAUGUAUGGUUUUUAAAAUUCAACAAUUGUAUGUUUGUGUCACAAGCUUUAACAUUUAGUUAUCAACAACUUCAAAAAAUUCGACGGUAGAUUCCAGUUAAAAAAAACUUUAUCUUCUAAAAAAUAAUAUAAAUAGUGUAGAGAAUCAAGAACAAGCCAACAAAAAUUCAGAUUUUCGUGAGCUAACAAAAUUUAUCUGUAAACAAACAUUCGCGGGGUUGAAUCAUAAAAAAGAAUAUAAUAUAAUUAUUAACUGACUUUAUCUAUUGACUGAUUCUAUAACCGGGCAACUGCCAUAAUAUUGUGAUACUGAUAAGAGGCGCUGUCUUUAAAUGCUUAUCGUCUCUUUUUUGUCUUAAGAGAUGACAGCAUUCACCACGAAUUUUAUAUAACCGUGGUAUGUACCGAUACUACGGUAUUUACCGUCACAUCGGUAUUUUGGUAUUUAAAAAUAGCGGUAACUUAUUGGUGGACAAAAAAUACCGCCAGCUCUACUAGACAAGAAAAAAAAUUUGAUACUUGUAGCCUGUAGGUAAUAUUAUUAAUACUGAAAUAUAAAUUAUACUUAACUUUUUUCAUUUCAGAUAUAAUUAAAAUUUAGUAUCGGAACGGGUUAUAUAUACUAUGUAGGUUGAAAAUAUUUUAGAAAUAAAAUAAUCAUAACAUUUUUUCAGAUGGGGCUAUUUGGAAAUUCGGACUAUGUUGCUAACCAAAGACGUAGACCAAGCGUAUGCAGCUGGAUUUUUGGAAGGCGUGUUAACCGCCGAUCUCAUUUACAGUCAUUGGUAUAACUCGAUGAAAGGGUACUGCACCGAUCGACCGAACAUCUGUAAAAACUUGACAGAUUUCAUGAACACCAACAAAUAUUGGAUUUUGUCGCAAUUUAUCAAACCAGAUCCUUUCUGGUAUCAGGUAUCAAAGUGGUUUUCAGUAUGGCAUACAGUAUUAGCGAGGAACACCUCAAUUUAAACUCGAUAUCACUGAUACGACCUGUAGUAGAACGACCUACUAGUGUUUAAAAUUGAUGUUUUUUUUAUUUUUUAUUUUUUCAAUCAAAAGGUCAGUCUCUUUUACAAACAAUUGGAUGGUUUACACGACGGAUACAUGCGCGGGAAGUCACCUCACACGCCCGACUUGUCUUGGGACGAUUUAUUGUGAGAUUUUUUUCCGUCGGGAUAUUAUAUUACGAGAAUAUAUUAAUAUUACAAUACGAUUUUUUAUUUUUUCUCUUCUAUGAUUUUCUUCUUAAAAUGGAUAGUUGGUUGAACGCUAUGGACGAUUUGGGUGACAUUUCCGAGGCGUUGAAUACUUCGGGAGUGGAUGAUAAAGUUUUAGGAAGCGGUUCGUGUUCGGCUCUCAUCAAAUUGUUACCAGGAAACAAGGAUCUUUUGAUGUCACAUGUGACGUGGGCCGGGUAAACAAGCGAACAAUAUAUUAAUUAAUAUAAUAGUAUAACCAUGAUCUAUGACGUCAAACUUUUAUCUAUCAUAUGGAAUAUCCUGAUAGUUUUUUUGAGAAUUGCGAAUAAAAAUGGUCACUGUUUAGUUGUCAACGGAAACAGCUUGACUCGUUUCCGGUUAUUUUGAGUCAAUCACACUAGUUUUCUACAUCAUCUACUGCAGACAACGGAUUAUACGAUCACGAUUCUUAAAAGAAUCUGUAAUGGUAUCUUCAAGCUCGUAUAGGAUAGUUAAUAAAUCGUACCUACUAAAACUGCGCUAGAUUUGAAAUGAUCCGGCUGGAUCUGUAGUUCUUUGAAGUUUUUAUUUUUCUAAAGCGUGACUGUUACAGAUACGAAUCGAUGCUGAGAAUACAAAAGAGAUACAGUCUCCGGUAUAGGAAGAGCCAUACGUCUAGCAAACUGAUACACGGGUUCGACAUGUCGUUCAGCUCAUAUCCCGGUGUCAUCCAGUCCGGAGACGAUUUUUAUCUGAUGUCCUCGGGCCUGGCCACGAUGGAGACCACCAUUGACAAUUACAACAAAUCACUGUGGUCCAACGUGAAGCCAGUCGGUCAGGUAUAGUAUCUAUAGUGCAGUGUACUCGUAUUUAGACGAAACGCGUUUGCCACACGAUUAUCUCGUGCUAACCGGAGUUAUCGUAUUUUAACAUAACCUAUUACCUACAUAUCAUUCGGAAUAUCACGUGCAUGAACACCAUUAGUCCAAUGGCGUAGCAGAGAUUUAUCAAAGAACCCCUCUCCUUUAAUAAAUCUUGUUUGAACCGUUAACGCCAUUGAUCGGGUAAUAUGUAUAGUUUGUACCUAUAUAAUUUUGAAAUUUUUAGGAAAUUAACAACAUUUCCUGGCUAGUGUUAUACAGAGUGCUCUAUAUAGUGUUAUUCUUAUUUUUUUUUUUUACAUUUUUUUUUCAAUUUAGAAAAAAAUUACAAUUUUUAUAUUCAUCCCUUAAUCAGUGAAAAAAAAACUUUUUAUUUGUCUAUGUGAGAUAUUGUACAAUAUAGAUUCUAAUAUACCAGAUCCCUCCAAAAUUGUAUCAUUAAUGUUCAUGUAUAAUUUAUUUGGAAUGAUUCAAGUUUACCUCCCACGCGAUUUUUCGGGUUUUUUUUUCAAAAUAUGUGUUGGAUGUGUGAUGUGUUGGAAUAAAAUGUCGGAUGAACUUCAUUUGGAAGUUAUGGGGGAAAACUUCAUGAAGUUCGGAUUUUCGGAUUUGUUGUGCAAAACCACGUCGGGUAGGUAACAAGGAAAAGUGUAAAACAUUAUAGGCGGGUUUAGAGACCCAAUGUGGUCACUCUCUAGGGUUAUUAAACAAUUUUCUAAAACGUACUUUUCAAAAUUUAAUGCAAAAUAUACUUAUUCUGGAAAAGAUCCGUUUUGCAGAAAACAACUUUUUUAAAUCUCAAAAAAGCAAUAAAAAUUAUAAAAUAGAAAAUAAUUAAUUUAUACACAAUACAAGAAUAUUUUUUAGUUUUUUUUUAAUACCCUUAGGUGUGAUCUACACCAAUUCAAAAUACCCUAAACAGUAAACCUGCUAAAAAAUAAGAAACAAGGAAAAAGUACGUUUUGCAUUGAAGCCUCUCAAUUAUCGCAAUGGUUGUUAUUCCUUAUCGCGUAACGUGUUAUUCCAUUGAAAAUUAAUUGUUUUCACGCCAAUUUUCAAGAAACUAAAAUGGCUAUUACUUGAUCAAAUAUGAAUAUAUGUCACAUAAAAAUUUUCAGAAUAACAUCUUUUAUAAAAUAGUGAUAAAACUUGAUAUAUUUUUUUCAAUUAUUAAGGGUCGGCAAAAAUUUUUUUAUUUUUCUCUACAUAAUCCUUCGCACAAAAUCCGAUUAAAAAAAAAAACUGGAUUUUGUUAGAAAUAUUAGCAUAAGUAUAACACUGAAGAACGCACUGCAUACAUAAUAUUAAUAUUUAUGGAUGGUAUAGGUGUUGGAGUUUGUGCGUGCGAUGGUCGCCAACCGGUUGGCCGACAGCCCAGCGGAGUGGACGGAUACGUUUAAACUUUAUAACAGUGGUACGUACAACAACCAGUGGAUGAUCGUCAACUACGCAGCCUUUCAACCAGGCAACGCGUUACCGGACAAGAACGUAUUGCACGUUCUCGAACAGAUGCCCGGUUACGUGGUACACGAAGACCUCACCGGGCACCUGAUUAACCAGACGUACUGGGCUAGUUACAACAUACCGUAUUUCCCGUCCGUGUUCAACAUGAGUGGUUACAGUGACUUGGUACAGCGUUAUGGUACAUGGUAAAUACCGUGUGUUUACACGCACAAUAUUAAAUUUUUUAAAUUUAUUAGUACUAAAUUCAUCAAAAAUAUACAUAUAACCAUUGUGCACAAGUACUUCACGUCCACAGAAAUUGAAAAUGUCUUAUGUCAUGGUGACUAGACGACAACUAAUUUGAUACUGUUAUUGGAUACAUAUGUUGGAAUAGUAUAAAGGUGCCACCGAUUACCUAUAGGCAUUGUUCUUUGAGUGAUAACAAUAUAAAUUCUUGCUUUUGGAUUUUGUGACGUGUGUGACAAUAAUCAUUAUCUGAUUUAUAUAGUUAACAUUUAUCAAGAUUUUGAACCUAAAUGAUUUAUUCAGGUUAGGGUUAAUUUCGGUUUUGAAUGUUGGUUUUGGUUUGGUUUUAGUUAAGUUGAUUUUAGAUGUAUUGGUUUUGGAUAACCAUAUAAAUAAUAUUGGUUAUGGUUAGGAUUUUUUAGAUCGUGUAAAAGCUUUUAAACUUCUAUUAAUCUAUUACAAAGCAUACACAUACAGUUGAAUCCGCUUUAUUGGGACACAUCGGUUGCAUUUUAUUUUGUUCCAAUAAAGCGGUUGUCCCAAUAAUCCGAAAUACAAAAAUGACAUAUACAUUUUUUGAAAUUGUUUUACUAUUGAUUUUAUUUAAAUUUUUUAUUACAUUACAAAAAGAAAAACACGGUAUUAUAACUUAGUUAUUUAUAAAAAUACAUACAUACAUUAUUAAUAUAAAGUACAUAUAUACACAUAUAUAAUGUACAUUGUAUUUUAUGUUAUUUAAAAAAACUAUGAAUAUUACUUUGUUUCUUGCGUAUUAUUGAUUGUUGACUAAUGUAGUCCGAAUUACUGAUCUAUUAAUAUACUCGAUAAAAAUGUCCCAAUUAUCCGAAUUCGUGGCCCAGAUAAGCGCUGAACGUUUACCCUACAAGUAUACAUUUGUUUUCGUAAUUGAAGAAUUGUCCCUAUUAAGCGGAUUCGACUGUAUAUAUAACAAUUCAAAUUUGUUUCAAAUAUAAUAUGAAAGGGUUUAUGAAUCCAAAUUCCAAUAGAUAUAAUAAAUAAUAAAUAGCAAAUUAAUGUCAAAAAGUAAAGCAAAUAUGCAAGAAUUUUUGUAUUUUAACAAAAGUGUCAAUAAUGUUAUAAAAUGCUUUAUAAUAACAAGUAAUUAUAUGAAACGAAAAAAAGUUUAAAUUUUAAGUUAUAAUUAUUUUUAAAAUGUAGGUAGGUAAACCUAAUAAUAUGUUAAAUGACCAUUCAAUGUAUUAAAUUACAAAUAUACUUCAAAAACAACUUUAUGCUUAACCGUUAGCCUUUGACAAAAAUGUGUAUAUUUUAUAUAAAAGUUUACAGUAAAGAAAAAAAAAUAACAUCAUUGUAAAACUUUAUAGGUUUAUGUUAUUAUUAAAUAUUACUAAACAAAUUGAUAUAAUUAAAAUAUUUAACUGUCUUGAAUGGCUUUGCUCAUGUUUGUGUUAAACGAAAAAAAUAAAAACGUGUUUACCUGUGUCUCCCUGUUUUCAUAUGAUUAUUACUGCGGUUAAUCGUUGUUGCUUGUAAAUGUUUGUAAAUAUAUUUUCUUGCCCAUAAAAACCAGAUUAACUAAUGAACUGGUUAGAUUAACUAAAUAACUGAUUUUUCAUUUGUGUCGUCAAGAUAACCUAUAAAUUAAAAAAAAAAAAAAAAAAAAAAAAUACCAAAACCUUGUGUCAGUCAAUUAAUUGGUUCAAAUUUGAGAUAGAAAAUAAACAACGCCCGUUUUCUGGUUUAGAAUGUGAAGUGUGCAAAAUUUUAUCAAAAUCAGAAAUAAAUUUUAGAUUUGCAUAGUGGAAAAGAAGAGAGAAAAAAAAAUAGACAUCCUAGGGACGUCUGUUAAUGGGGACAGGAGCACUAUUAUAAGUAAUUUAUUGUAUACCUGUGAGCAAUGAUAAACCAUUGCUUGCGGAAAAAACGAUUGUGAGCGGAAUUCAGUUGAUAGUGAUGCUUUUCAACAAUAUAUAUGCCAUAUUAUAGUUAAAUAAUUAAAUAGGCUUUAUAUAUUUUCUUCGCUUCUUACAUCUGAAUGUUCCACUUGGCUUCUAAGUCCCAGAAAAACCAUUCGACUUCUAUUAAACUUCUGCUAAACUGUCGAUUCGUACCUACAACCAAUUCGAAGACACUGCUGAAAAAAGCAUCAUAUAAGUAUUUAGAAAACAUACCUUACAUGGUUCUCACCACAUUUGAGUAAAAGGAAUAACACAAAAUGUUUAUCAUUUAAAAAUGUUAACAUUUUAAAAACUUUUAAUUUUAUCUUACAAAAAUAAUUUUUAAGGUAGGCGGAUGCAAAUUUCACAAAAAAUGUAAAACGCUUUUUAAUGGUGUACUUAAUUUAUUAGUUAAUAUGUACAAGUUCAUAUCUAAGGAAAGAAGAUAAAAAACUAAUACAUAGUUAAAAAAAAAUGUGUAAUUCAUGAAAUUUAAAAUAAGUUUGUAGAGUUGCAAGAGUUGUCAAAGUGUCCACCGCUUUGUCUCAAACAAUCAUGUACUUGUCUCCCAAUUAUUCCUUCUGUCGUCACUCUUCGCAAUUCAAUAGCUACCUGAAGCAUUCUCUCUAUUAGUUUUGCUUCAGAAUUUACUUCCUGAUGGUAAACUCAUUAUAUAUGAACGUUAUUAUGAAUUACUUUCGUUCAACCGAAAAAACACAAAAAUCUAAAUAUUUCUCUUAUUAUUGAGAAAUCAAUAAUAGUUAUGAGGAUAUUUUUUGUUUAAUUUAAGGUGUAGAAAUAUCUACUGAAGUUUGAUAUAAUUAUCGUGAAACACUCAGUAUAAACAUAUAACUAACGUAUAAUAUUGUAAAACAUACGAGUAUAAAGUAAGGGGGGAAAAUAACACGAUAUUAGUAAAAAAUAAAAAAAAAUAAAUGAAAUCUCGGAUAUUUUUACUAAAUAUAUUAGGUUUAUAUUAGGAUUUACCGAAUCUCAUUUAUAAAAGCUCAAAUAACAAAAAUUACUCAGUGUUUGACUAAAAUAUUUUGUGCAUCCUAGAUUUUAAUGAAACCAAUCGGUAAAACCCACGUUUUACCGGUUAAUUCUAAAUUUCACCGGUGUCAAUUCAUUAUUUUACCAUAAAACAUAAUAUUAUAUACCUACUUGUAACAUUCUUUUUAUAUUCAUAUUGUCUAUUUCUUGUCAUGGUUGAUUAAACUAGCAAUAGGCUAACAGUUUUUCAACCAGAAUCACGUGAUCGACUGUAAUAAUACAGCUCAUUUUGGAUGACACGAUCUAGUUUGAAGGCUUCGUGAUUACUUUUAUAAUUUUCUGUUCCUUUUAAUUUUUAUCAUUUAGGUUUUCGUAUUCUGACACGCCUCGAGCACGGAUAUUCGCCCGGGAUCACGUGAACAUCCACUGCGACCAGUGCAUGUGGCACCUAAUGCGGUCUAACGACUUUAAAAACGACCCAGAGUCUAGGUGUGACUGUAGUCCACCGUACUCGGCAGAAAACGCGAUAUCGGCCAGGUAUAAAAUCAUUUAUUUUUUUUAAAUGUACUAUUGGUAUUAUCAACGGCGUUUUACUAUUUCAAUUAUAAUUGAAAAUCGUAAGCAAUAGUUAUGAGGAUUAGCGUUUGAAAUGAAUGCUUACGACGCCACUAGAUAAUAUCCAUCGCUCGCAUUUAGCUUAACGGUAAAUUUUGAUGACAAUCAUAAUCAUAUCGAAUGCAUAUUACUCGUAUAUAUAGAUGCGACUUGAAUCCUGCCAACGGAACGUACCCCAUACCGGCAAUGGGACAUCGGUCGCAUGGCGCUACGGAUGUGAAGAUUACCACGAGCAAGCUCUUCCAACGGUUGGAGUUUAAGGCAGUUUCCGGGCCGACCCUGGGGAUUAACAACAGCCUGGGGCCAUUCUGCUGGUCUAAGUCCGACUACGCUAACGUCAAUCAUCAGGACCAACCCGAUUGUUUUGAAUUUGAACAGGUGUUGCACCAAUGGUCUUUAUAAGAACAAUAUUUUCGAGACAAACUGUGUCAACUUUUUUUUUUUUUUAGUCAAAACUUUUUGCGUUCAUAAUAUAAUAAACAAUUAAUAAUACACAUGUUUUAUUGAUUACAACAGUUCGUUGUACCCAAUAAGCUGAUUUUUAUGGUGCCGCGUGUUUGUAUUUCUCCUACAAAGUAUACACAAUUAGUUUAGAAAUAAUAAUACAAAUCUACUAAUUGGGUAUAAUGAAUAAUAAUAUAUUAAUACUCUAUUGAUAAUUUAAUAUCUUGAAUUAUCUACAAAAGAUAAAACUAUAAAGUCUACCAAUCAUUAAUUAGGGUUUGUCGGACGAGUGGUUUUAUUUAUUUAGUCAAAUUUUUAAUUGAUGACACAUUACUUAAAUAUGAUUUUACCACACAAUAGAUAAGAGUUAUAGCUUACAAGUAUGGUACCUAUCUAACGAGUAAAUGUUUUUUUUUGUUAAAUAUUAUUUUUGUUAUCUAUAAAAAAAAAAAAAAAGAUUAACGUUUUUCUUUUCGAAUUUCAAAUCCACGGUUAAAAAAUAAUUAAUACUAAACAUUUACGUAUUCGGGAUUUAUAAUAUGAUAUUGCAUUUCCUCUUUAAAUACUUUCAAAUAAUAUUUUAUAAUUACAGUAUGUACGUUAAUGCUGCAUUUAAAACAAAUAAUAAAUAUUUCGGAUAUUUACUGUUAUCCUUGAUCGUUUUUACCGAGAUUUACCAAAAGUAUUCGGUUUGUAAAAGCCUGAAUUAUGAUUCUAAGAUUGAUCAAAUUUAAUUUUUGUACUUUACAGUUUAACAUAGGAAAUUGUUUAAAGCCUGAAUUUCGGAUAUUUAACCUUAGUCGGUAAAUCCUAUGAUUUAUCGGUAAAAAACAUAUGGAUAUUACCUGUAUCGUGAAUUUGUCGUAACCUAAAUAUGUAUUUAUAUACAUAUAAUAAGUAGGUACAUAAUAUGUUGGUAUACAUAUUAUUUCCCAACCGUAAAUUAAUUAAAUUUUUGUAAUAACUGUUACCGAUAUAAUCUAAGACACGUUUAAGAACCGAUACUAAAAUACAGUGAAGCAUCGUGGGUUAAAAAUUAAUCGGUAGCUCAUAAAAACUUGAAACUAAGAACCAACUCUACUACUCAACUAACUACAUACUCUAAUUUGUGAACCGCAAUAUAAUUUUGAUAAACGCAUUCAUUUGUAAUAAAACUGCAAUAAGUUGUUUUAAAAUAUGAUACCUACUUGGAUUUUAUAUCUAAUAUAUUGUAAACCCAUGAUAAAUUUAAAAAGCUAUACCUAAAGAUUUUCUAUGAUAAUGUAC